AUGGCUGAAGUGACCUAUGCAGAUCUGAAGUUCAUGACAGUGGAGCGGCCCAGGAACCAGGAGCCCCACGAAGCCAAAGCAAAAGAAUCUCCCACUCCAUCUCCUUAUUGGCGACUUACAGCAGUGAUUCUUGGGAUCUUCUGCUUCGGUUUGCUGGUAACAGCUGGGGUCCUGAGUGUGAAGUUCAUUCAGGUUUCCCAUCUAGUGAGUGAAUGGCAUGAAAACCUUACCCAGAAAAGGGAAAUUCUGGGAAACCUCACCCAGCAGCUGGAGUUUCUCCAAGCGCAGAACCUAAACCUUUCGGAGACUGUGCAGCAACUGGCAAGCUACAGAGCUGAGUGGAGGAGAAAUCCAGGAGAUGGUGCUCAGACUCAGAUAUACAGGAAUAUAGGGCCAGAUCCUUUUCUGGUCUUUCCAGUUCUGACUGGCCGUGGAAGGGAUAUGAUUCAGAGCUCUGCUUAUGUUUCCAUACAGGGUUUCAUAAUAAGAUCAGCACAGUCUUAUAGUUCCUAUUCUUUCUGGAUUGCCUUAUCCCGCAAAGGAGCUGAUGGGUCCUGGUUAUGGGAGGAUGGCAGAGCUUUCUCCACUGACCUGUUUCGGAUCCCAGAAGCCAGUUCCAGUCUUUACCCGAUCUGUGUGUCAAUUCAAGGUGCAAAUGUUAACGCUGUGGAGUGUGGGUCAUACAAGUUCUGCAUUUGUGAGAAAGUGGCUAAUUCAGUGGGGACUGCCUGA